AUGCUCUGCGUUGUACGGGCGCUGGCCCUGGCAUUGCUGCUCCUCGCGACGCUCGCAGCGGCGGCGGACCUCUACAAGGUACUCGAACUCGACAGGUCCGCUGAUGAGCGCGACAUUAAGAAGGCGUACAAGCGCCUCAGUCGGAAAUAUCACCCCGACAAGAACAAGGACCCGGGGGCGGAGGACAGGUUUGUCGAGAUCGCACAUGCAUACGAGGUUCUAUCUGACCCGACAAAACGCCAAAUAUACGACCGGCAUGGCGAGGAAGGCCUGAAAGCCCACGAAAGCGGAGGCGGCCAACAGUAUGCGAACCCCUUCGACAUGUUUUCGAAUUUCUUCGGCGGCGGCCAGGGCCAACAACAAGUCCGCAGAGGGCCGACAUCCCUGACCGAAUUCGAGGUCACACUAGCAGACAUGUACAACGGCGCAAGCAUAGACUUCGUCAUGCGCAAACGCAUCCUCUGCGACCACUGCCGAGGCACCGGCGCCGCCUCCUCGCACGACGUGCGCCCCUGCACUGGCUGCGGCGGCUCGGGUGUCAAAGUCGUUAAACAACAAAUCUUCCCGGGCAUGUUCGCGCAGACGCAGCACACGUGCGACGAGUGCGGCGGGCGCGGCACCGUCAUCGCGCGCCCGUGCCCGCACUGCGGUGGCGCCAAGGUCGUCGACCACACCGCGCACUACACGCUCGAGGUCGCCAAGGGCAUGCCCGAGGGGUACGAGGUCGUGUUUGACGGCGAGGGCGAUGAGAGCCCGGAUUGGGAGCCUGGGGAUGUGAUUCUUCGCGUGAGGAGUCGGAAGGAGAAGGGUGGGUUUAGGAGGAAGGAGAGUAGUUUGUACUGGCGAGAGACGAUUGGGGUGGAUGAGGCACUUCUGGGUUUCGAGCACAACUUGACCCAUCUCGACGGGCAUAUAGUUCCGCUCAAGCGGAAGGGAGUGACCCAGCCAGGUUACGUGCAGACCAUCAAAGGAGAGGGGAUGCCCCGCUUCGAGAACCCCUCACAGCACGGCGACCUCUACAUAGAAUACAACCUUGUCCUUCCCACAGAACUAAGUCCUGAACUUCGGAAGAAGCUAUCAGAAGCCUUCCAUGGGAGCGGACACUCGUCAAAGGAUGAGCUAUGAUCCUCAGUGCAUAGCAGCCACCCUAUCCGCGAUAGACACUGGAAAUACACUUAUCAUUAUUGAUACUACAUCCGUCAUGCAAAGCUCGUUCCGGGCGACAUACACCGCACAGACCAGACAAAACAAUCGACAAUCUACUAGUAAUGCACAGUCCGCAGUCCACGGGAGAGGCGAUCGAGGUAAGGGGCAAAAGUGAAAAAAGGAACGGCAACAAGUUGUCCGACCAGGAUAAUAAUAAUAACAGAAGGCGAGAAGGCGAAAUGAUAUGCGACCGAGAUGCAAAGUCAGUAAUGGAACGAGAUGUGCGACGACAGACAAGACGAGGGAUACGAUAUGAUAUAGAUAAAUGUUAUGAUGUGCUGCUCAGCACUAAUACAACCAAUGACAAGCACGCAAGCAAUGUCCGAGAGAGAGGAACAGGCAGUCUCGAGCCUGCGCUUGCGGACCAGCCGUAUGGCACGCCGAGCGUGACGGACGGCGUCGACGCAGUCGAUGUCGUCGUCCGGACCUCGCCC